AGUUAACCCAAUUCUCUUACAGUCUUUUUCAUCUCUCUCUGUGUAAGCGCGCGUGAGAGUACAGGUUAAAAGAAAAAACAACAACAACAAAAAAAAAACAUCAAAUCUUUGCUACAUAUCUUUGGCUGUAUCCGUAUAUAUGUUCUUUCUUCUAUACAAGAAAGAAAAAUUAAUCACUAUCAGAAACUCAGAUUUGUUUUUCAAUGGUGGAAGAAGACAAGUGAUGGUUUUAUUUGUUUUUGGAGUUUAGUUUCAUAAAUCUGAAGAAAAUUACAUCAAAAUCCUGUUUCUAUCUCUGUCUCUAAGCCAAAAAAACACCCAUUUACAGAUUCUUCAUCUAGUUCUCUACUUGAGAUCAGUACAAAGAGAUGGGAUUUGAAGACAAGAAAAUGCAGACGCAGAGACACAAUCGUUCUAAGAGAUGCAAAGUAAUUUCGCAGCUAGAUGAGUCAAAGUUUGAGUCUUUGUUGAAGAAUUUUAGCUGGACUCUUCCUGAAAAGAAAAAGCUUCAAGAGGAUAGUACCAUUGUUUGUUCUACUAAUGCUUCUCAACGCUUCAAGCUCGACUUACCUCGAUGCUGCGACAAAUCUGUUGAAACGAAGAAGACUCUAUCGCCGGAAGUAAAAGUCCAGAGCUCUUUGAAGCAAGAGAUUCAAGAUCUUGAGAAAAGACUACAGAACCAGUUUGAUGUCCGUGGUGCUUUAGAGAAGGCAUUAGGCUAUAAAACACCUUCUCGAGAUAUCAACUCGAAAGCAGACUCUACUCCAAAGCCUGCAACAGAACUGAUCCAGGAAAUCGCGGUGUUAGAGUUGGAAGUUUCGCAUUUGGAACAGUACCUUCUGUCUCUGUAUCGUAAAGCAUUCGAUCAACAAUCAUCUUCUGUGUCUCCAACAUCGAAACAAGAGAGCUCGAGCUCACCUAAAUCCACACUUAGAGGCAAACGUCUGGAUUUCUCAAGAACGCCUGAACCUCGGUGUUUCUCCUUUGACAGCAGGUUGAAGAGUCCGUGUUUGGUCGAGAAAGAACCAGAUUCUCCUAGUCUUAGAUGCAGACAAGAGAACUCAGCCACUCGGUGUUUCUCAUUUGACAAUAGACUUAAGGAACCUGGUUCUGCUCCUGCUCGGAAACUCAAUCAAGAAACUUCAAGAAUCGAUUCUCAGUGUUUCUCGUUUGACAGUAGACCGAAAGAAACCGGUUCUGCUCCUGCUCCUGCUCGGAAACGCAAUCAAGAAACUUCAAGAACCGAUUCUCAGUGCUUCUCCUCUGACAAUAGACCGAAGGAACAACCUGGAUCUGCUGCUCGGCAGUUCAAUCAAGAAAACUCAGCAAUCGAUUCUCGGUGUUUCUCCUUCGACAAUAGGCUGAAAGAUCAAUGCUUUUACGAGAAGGAAGACAUCGAUUCAUGUGUCCGACGUUGCCAGUCCUCGCUUAAUCAGCGUUCCACCUUCAACAACCGAAUCUCUCCACCAGAAGACUCUGUAUUCGCCUGCCACUCACAACCAUUUUCCAUAAAAGAAUACAUAGACAAUGGAUCAAAUACAGCAAGUCUUGCGGAACACAUGGGAACUCGGAUAUCAGAUCACAUAUUCAUGACUCCGAACAAGAUAUCAGAGGAAAUGGUGAAGUGUGCGUCGGCUAUAUACUCCAAGCUCGCUGAUCCUCCAUCGAUAAACCAUGGCUUCUCAUCUCCAAGCUCGUCUCCAUCAUCAACAAGCGAGUUUUCGCCUCAAGACCAGUAUGAUAUGUGGAGUCCAAGCUUCAGAAAAAACCCGUCUUUCGAUGACCCGUUUGAAUUCAGCGGGCCUUAUAGCUCGAUGAUAGAAGUUUCACACAUUCAUCGAAACCAUAGGAAAGGACGCGACCUUGACCUUAUGAAUCGAAACUUCAGCUUGCUUCUUAAGCAACUCGAAAAUGUUGAUGCAAAAAAGCUGUCACAUCAAGAGAAACUGGCGUUCUGGAUUAACAUUCAUAACUCACUUGUGAUGCAUACAUUCUUGGCAAAUGGGAUUCCACAGAACAAUGGGAAGCGGUUUUUACUGCUUUCAAAGCCAGCUUACAACAUAGGAGGUCGCAUGGUAAGCGUAGAAGCGAUACAAACUUACAUUCUACGCAUUAAAAUGCCUCGUCCUGGUCAGUGGCUGAAGUUAUUACUGAUUCCAAGAAAGUUCAGAACCGGAGAUGAGCAUCAAGAAUAUUCCCUAGACCAUUCUGAGCCUCUCUUAUACUUUGCACUUUGUUCAGGCAACCAUUCUGAUCCUGCGAUUCGUGUUUAUACGCCCAAGGGAAUAUACCAAGAGCUAGAAACUGCUAAAGAAGAGUACAUUCGUGCAACGUUUGGGGUCAAAAAGGAUCAGAAACUAGUUUUACCAAAGAUCAUUGAGUCUUUUAGCAAAGACUCAGGGUUGAGUCAAGCAGCAUUGAUGGAGAUGAUUCAAGAAUGCCUCUCUGAUACAAUGAAGAAAACCAUAAAGAAACUUAACUCUGGGAGAUCUAGGAAGAGCAUUGUUGAAUGGACGCCUCACAGUUUUGUGUUUCGAUAUUUGAUAGCCAGAGAACUUGUUAGAUGAAAUGUUUUUAUGAGGUCCUCUUAAAAAGGUUUUUGGAUUUGCAGGACUCUGUUUCUUUGAAAGUUAUUGGUGAGUGUACAGAAGGGGGAUGUAUUGUGUGUAGAGAGUAGAACAUAGAGAUAGAGGAAAAAACUGCAUGCCGUUUUUUGGUUACCAAUACUGGUUGAUGUUUUGGCUUGUGUGUACAUACUAAAUCAAUUCACUUAUUCUUGUUUUUAUUUAUGAUCUUCAAAAUAAUUAUGGUUUUAGUUUAAAA